AUGAGCGCAUUCGGUUCAAAACGCCAGCCGCGAAAGAUUACGGUCCAAGAUGAAGAAGAGGAGGACGGCGGUGCACCAUUGCGCGUCCGCCCAUUUUUGGGCAGUCGAAGCAGCUCUUCUAAGCCGAAGAAGAAGCCCAGCUCGCGACUCUCAUUCGGUCUCGGCGAAGGCGCAUCCAUAGAGGAUAGUACGGCAGCUUUGGGGGGCGAGCUUCCCAUAUUCACCCCGAAGAAGACGUCUUUGGCGGCAGCGGUGGUGGGGAACAGUGCUUACAAGAAGGGGCUGAAAGGCGUGGCGAAGAACAAUAUUCUACCUGUACGGUCCUCCGAGACAGAUGAGGACCGCCCCCGGUACAGCAAAGAAUACCUAUCCGAGCUACAGAAUUCGACGCCCAGUACUCCCGCUCGCGGCAGCUCACUACAGAUUGCGGACGAUGAUGGCGACAUUGAGAUGGUGCUCGACCCCUCCGAGCUCGAGGGCGCCACCGUAGUCGAGGUGACCUCGAACGCUCUCUCAGUCGAACCUGCAACGACCCCCCAUAUCCUGACCGAAUCCGAAAUAGCCGAGAAGAAGGCAAGGAGAGAACGCCAGCGGGAGCGCCUCGCAGCUCAAUCCGACGACUUCAUCCCUCUCGAUGCCUCGGACGAUGACUCGCGCCAAGUCGGGGAUUCCUACCUAACGCUCCUAUCCCGUUCGUCCAAAUCAAAACCGAAAGAAAAACGUCUCACCACCGAUGACGACCUGGUAGAGGACGACUCCUUUUUCGUCGAAGAUGGGGGGCUGUCACUAGGCAAAAAGGCGGAACGUGAUGCAGCGCGGAAGAAACGGGCCGACAUGGCGAACAUGAUCGCAGCAGCAGAGGGCAACUCAGACGGCGAGACGUCGGACGAUAGUGAGGCGGAACGAAGGGCGGCGUAUGAAAAGGCGCAGACGCGGGCUGGUAUGGACGGGCUGGCUGAGGAGCGAGAGGCGCAGCAGCGACGGCUGAAUAAGAAUGGAGGGGUGCAGGUACCGCCCAAAAUCACGCCUUUGCCGGACUUGAGUGUGCUGGUGGAAGAGUUCAAGGCUAGAAUGGGGCGGAAGGAGGUAGAGGCGCAGAGGAUGAAGGAUAAGAUCGCGCAGUUAAAGCGCGAGAGGGAAGGCAUCAUGAAGCGGGAACCAGAAGUGCAAACCCUGUUGAAUGAGGCCGGCGAGAGGUACCAGAGCCUUAUGGGCCAAGAUAGUGUGGCUGCUGCUAAGUCAUUGCUUGAUCGGGCUAGGGGAGGAGAUACAGCUAUUGGAGCUGCGAGGGGACUUGAUAGCUUAGGGACAACGCCUAUAGGACAGGACAGGAUGGAAAUGUGA